UUUUAAACAAUUAUUUCUUUUCAAAAUGUUGAAGUGUAACGGUAACAGUUUAACAGCGUUGAUAGUACUUUCUCUUUUUGUAGGCCUACAGGGCUACGUAGUGCCAAGUGCAGUGGAUAAUAAUAAAGAUGGUCGCAUAGUUGGUGGCAUAGAGACAUCUAUUGAAAGAUUUCCCUAUCAAGUUUCAGUGCGUUUAUACAGUUAUAUAUUGAUACAUAUUUGUGGUGGUUCUAUUUAUGCUCCUCGUGUUAUCAUAACUGCGGCCCAUUGUAUUAAGGGUCGCUAUGCUUCGACUAUACUUAUAGUGGCCGGUAAAUCUUCGAUUAUAGAUCAAGAACCCGCCUUAGCAGUUGCCAAAUUGAUCUAUAAUCCGGGUUAUAACAAAAAGGCCCAUCUUAAUGAUGUUGGUCUUAUAAUAUUAAAUGAGCAGUUGGUUUACUCCCCUAAUAUCCAACCAAUACCUUUGGCCGAGCAUAAACUUCAAGCGGGCUCUAUAGCCACGGUAACGGGUUGGGGACAAGAUGAUGAAAAUGCUGAGUAUAUGCAAAAUCAUUUACAAAUGGUCCAGUUGACUAUAAUCGAUCCUGAAUAUUGCAAUAGUCAAUAUGCUGCUAAAAGUUUAACUAUUACUGAGGAAAUGGUUUGUGCCGGAGUUGAAGAUUUUACCAAGGAUUCGUGUCAAGGAGAUUCCGGUGGUCCCUUGGUAGUUGAUGGUAAAUUGGUUGGCAUCGUUUCUUGGGGUAUGGGUUGUGCUCGCGAUGGUUUCCCUGGUGUUUACUCUAGUGUGCCUUAUCAUACUCAAUGGAUUUUGGACAAUGCUGCAGAGUACCUGUAAAAAAAGCAUUUCAAGUUGGCCCUUAAAGAACAAAUAUCUGACAAAUUGUGAUUAUAAUGAAAUUAACGAACAAAUUUUUUGAAAAACAAAUUUAAA